AAAAUUUACAUUUGUGGGCAAUAAACAACCAACAAAGUUAUCUUGUAUUCCACGUUUCUUUCUCUCCCAAAACACCAAUAUUUUCAGUCUUCUUUUUCUCUCUACUUUUUUUCCCACUUAUUAUUAACAUUCCACUCUCACAAUUAUCAUCAAUCUUCUCUUCCCUUAUUACACAUGUUUUCCAUGAUUUUCAAUUUUUCUCCACAAUUCUUACCUUUUCUCUCUCACUUUAUAGAUUCUUCUUUGAGGUUUUAAGGUUUUGGAGGUGUUUUUGUUUGAUAUUUUAAAAACUAGAGUGACCCUUUUGUUUUAGGGUUAAAUUAAGAGUAAUUGAAAAUGGAAAAUGUUUCAGUUUUGUGUAAGGAAAAGGAUCAGAUGGUUUUGCCUCCAGGGUUUAGGUUUCAUCCAACUGAUGAAGAGCUCAUUAGUCAUUACCUUUAUAAAAAGGUAAUUGACAUAAACUUCUCUGCUAGGGCCAUUGGAGAAGUGGAUUUGAACAAAUCUGAGCCUUGGGAUUUGCCAUGUAAAGCCAAAAUGGGUGAAAAAGAGUGGUACUUUUUUUGUAUGAGAGAUAAAAAGUACCCAACUGGUUUGAGGACUAAUAGAGCUACUGAAGCUGGAUAUUGGAAGGCAACAGGAAAAGAUAAGGAGAUUUACAGAGGAAAAUAUCUUGUUGGAAUGAAGAAAACUCUUGUUUUCUACAAAGGAAGAGCACCUAAAGGAGAGAAAAGUAAUUGGGUAAUGCAUGAAUAUAGACUUGAGGGUAAAUUCUCUGUUUACAACCUCCCUAAAACUGCCAAGAAUGAGUGGGUGAUUUGCAGGGUAUUUAAGAAGAGUUUAUCAGGCAAAAAGACAUGUCAUUCUGGGAUAAUGAGGUUAGAAUCUUUAGGAAAUGAAAUGAGUUCUUCUAUUCUUCCACCACUCACAAAUUCUUCACCUUAUUCCAUUGACAAAAUCAAAUCACCUUACGUGUCCUGCUUCUCCAAUCCAAUUGAAAGAAACCAAGUUGGAAUCUUUGAUUCCUUUAACAACACCCCUUUUGAAGUUCCUUCAAAUCAUUCAAUUAAUCUUCCAAAAAAUACACCUUCUAUUGGUUCAUUUUACUCUACUCAAGGAAUUCAAGUUCAUCCCUCACCAAAUUUGCCAUUACAUGGUUCUGUUUAUAACAAUGGAUCAAACUUUGAGAAUCAGCAUCAUCCACCUUCUUCAACUGCACCAAUUGAUCUAUCUACCUUAUGGAAUUACUGAAUUCAAAUAAAUUGAAGCAUAUAUUUUUAUUGUAUGAGGGGUAACUUUGACGACGCAACUGGUAAAGUUGUUGUCAUAUGACAGGAAGGUUACAGGUUUAAGUUCUGGAAAUAGUCUUUUGUGUAAAAAAAAACAAGGAAAGAUUGCAUACAAUACACUAGUAAAAUGGUGGAACCUUUUCCCGGACUCUGCGUAUGUGGGAGCUUUAACAGUGAAUAGUGAAUAACAGUGAAGCAUAUAUUUUGUACUAUAAGAAUUGUUAUUAUGGAAUUGUAUUGUAUUGGUUGUUUGAUACUUAAGGGUUGUUAACGUGAGAAUUAUUAUUGAAUAUAAGUUUGGAUUUUAUUAGAAUGAGA